CAAGGAAUUCUGACCAACGAAGGCGGCCUAUGGCUAAUCCUAAACCAAUUAAAAAAACCUAAUCCCCAGACCAGAUAGGCCAGCUGCUCCUAAUCUCAGAAAACAGUCCAAAUGAUCUGGAAUAGGAAGCCCAGUGAAGGCAUCUUCACAAAAGUAUUUGCAUUUACUACUUGAGAAUGAUCUGUAUUCAUUUUCUAACAUGCCCAUUCUACUGCCUUAAGACUGAGUGAUUAGCCCAGCACAGCGACUGCCCAAUGGGUGAAAAUCUUGAGAAACUGCUGUUCCUCAUCAUCCUUUCCAAUAGCGGAUCUACGUCUAAUCUCUGGACCAAAAAUGAUAGGAGCAAAAGCCGUGACAGCCCAGACCACCACCCAGGGCCUUGCACAGCAGUACAGUGGAAUCGACGAUGUCAUAGUGAAAACCCCCUUUUAUCAGGUGACCUGCUGUUGCCCAUCUAGGAGGCCCUCUCUCACUGAGUCUUCUUGUAGCCGACUGCUCUAUAUCCUUCUCCAUUUGGGGACCUCAGCAAUCUGCUGCCUCCUGCUGUCUAGGACAGUAAUAGAGAGAGUCUGGGGCAAAGCACAUGGGAUCCAGAUGCCCUCGGUGCUAUGUGCCCACCUAUUUGGCAACUCAGACUGUCCAGUGCUCAGUGGCUCUGGGGCUGUGUAUCGAGUAUGUGCAGGAACUGCCACUUUCCACCUGCUGCAGGCUGUCCUGUUAGGCCGCCUCCACUCCCCCACCAGUCCUCGUGCACAGCUGCAUCACAGCUUCUGGAGCUUCAAGUUGGUGUUCCUGUUAGGUCUCUGUACUGUUGCCUUCUGCAUCCCUGAUGAGCACCUCUUCCCAGCCUGGCAUUACAUUGGCAUCUGUGGAGGCUUCACAUUCAUCCUAUUACAGCUGGUGCUAAUCACAGCCUUUGCCCACUCUUGGAACAAGAAUUGGCAGACUGGCGCAGCCCAAGACUGUAACUGGUUUCUAGCCGUGUUACUGGCCACCCUCGGAUUCUACGGUCUGGCAGGCGUGGGAACUGUGCUACUGUUCCACCACUACACACACUCUGAUGGUUGUCUGCUCAAUAAGAUGUUACUCAGCCUGCACCUUUGCUUCUGUGGCCUCCUCUCUUUCCUCUCCAUCGCACCUUGCAUCCGCCUCAAGCGCCCAAGUUCUGGCCUUCUACAAGCUUCUAUCAUCAGCUGCUAUAUCAUGUAUCUGACCUUCUCUGCACUGUCCAGCCGUCCCCCAGAGACAAUAACCUUUCAAGGACAGAAUCACACCUUGUGCCUGCCUGGCAAGAAUAAAAUGGGACCACAAAUACCAGACACCUCAGUAGCAGUGUUGAGUGCUGGCAUCAUGUACACUUGUGUGCUUUUUGCUUGCAACGAAGCUUCCUACCUGGCUGAGUUAUUUGGACCCCUGUGGAUCAUCAAGGUUUACAAUUACGAGUUCCAGAAGCCCUCCCUCUGUUUCUGCUGCCCCCAAACAGUGGAACCAGAGGAUGGUCAAAGCAGCAGAGUCAGGCCAGCUGACCAGGAGACCCCACAAGCUGCUCAGGUGCAAAGGCAGCAUCUUCCCUACAGCUACUCUGCCUUCCACUUCACCUUCUUCCUUGCCUCGCUCUACGUUAUGGUUACCCUUACCAACUGGUUCAGCUAUGAGGGAGCAGAACUGGAGAAGACCUUCACUAAAGGUAGUUGGGCUACCUUCUGGGUCAAAGUUGCCUCAUGCUGGGCAUGUGUACUCCUCUAUCUGGGGUUGCUCCUGGCACCACUGUUGGCUUCCGACUCAGAAUCACCACCACCCGGGUGGUGGCAACACUGCCAUCUCAUCAGUACUGCCAGGUAAAAACUAGCUCCCCAUCUAUAUGACCAAAAUGGGGUACCCUUUAGAUUACAAGUCACCUAGCUGAGCUCAGUAGUCAAGGACAAAUGAGUGGUUACCACACAUAAGCUCUCAAUAUUCCAUCUAAGUAUCUAAAUUGGAAGUGGCCAAACACACACCCUAGUUUCUUGAUUCACUAAAACUAGUGUUUUCAUUUAUGCUCAAGAGUCUAACUCCCAAAUCAGUAAACUCAGAAGCUUUGGCUGGUCCUAGCAUGUGGCACCAGCCCCUUCCUAGUUCCUGAGCUGGAGAUAAGGAGCAGGGAAAGAGCAACAGAGACUGAAGAUUUGGGUUUGCUCUUGGCAAUCAAAAGAAAACAAGUGGUCCAGCCCUGGGCACAGGGAUGUAAGAAGCCCAGAACCACAGAACAAACCAGGGCACAGAAGAAUGGAGCAGAGGCUACCACAGUUUUAAUCUCGAUCCUGAUCUUGAGGUCAAAGAAAAUGGAAGAUAAAAACCACCUUCAUUCCAUGAGGAAUGACAGAAGAGAAUGUGAGCACUUGAGAGCAGCUGACCACUGGAAGUUGGUGAACAGGAUUUGUUGGGGUUUUUUUGUUUUUUUCCUUUUGAUUUUUUUCUUUUUUUGGCCAGCUUUCAAGCAAACAAAGAAUGAGGAAGAGACAUACUUAGAUCCUUCCCCUCUUAGGGCCCUCAAUACCAUCAUGGAGAUGGUGUUCAAGGUCUGAGUGGGGCAUAAAAAUCACAGAAAAGAAGUCUCCAUAGUUCUUACAGGAUUCCUCUACCACAGAACUAGAGUGCUUUUCUGGUUGCCAUAGUAAAAUAAAGGCUUCUUCUGUGAUGUUUCCCUUAUGAAGUUUACAAAUCUCGCUUAGGUGCCUAAAAGAACUCUCCCCUUUUAGUGGGAAAGGGCAGUCACUUCUCCAUCCCCAUCCCCCCAAUCCCCAGUCAAACCAGGCGCUCAAGGAAUUACAAAGCUACUUUUAAUACUUUGGGGUGUGCCCCACAGGAAUAAAAAACACUGGGAAGGGGUAACCCCCUCACCCCCAGGAGUGGCCCAGGGGGAGAGAGGCUCCCUGAGGGGAAGGAAGCACAAAA